AUGAAUCAUCGCAUUUCCUCUAAAAUCCGUUCUUCUCCAGCAUUGCUACACUCCCAAGUGACACCAUUUUUUUUUCUUUAUCUAUUUGCUCAAUACCUAAGUGGUAAAUCAAUACUAUCUAUCUAUCUAUCUAUCUAUCUAUCUAUCUAUCUAUCUAUCUAUCUAUCUAUCUAUCUAUCACAGCUUGUUCACAUCUAUCUAUCUACUUAUUACAGUCUGUUCAUAUAUAUCUGUCAAUGGCAGUCUUUUCAUAUCUAUCUAUCUAUCUAUCUAUCUAUCUAUCUAUCUAUCUAUCUAUCUAUCUAUCUCAGUCCAUUGAUAUCUAUCUAUCUAUCUAUCUAUCUAUCUAUCUAUCUAUCUAUCUAUCUAUCUCAGUCCAUUGAUAUCUAUCUAUCUAUCUAUCUAUCUAUCUAUCUAUCUAUCUAUCUAUCUAUCUCAUCUUUUCAUAUAUAUCUAUCAAUAACAGUCUUUUCAUAUCUAUCUAUCUAUCUAUCUAUCUAUAUAUCUAUCUAUCUAGCUAUCUAUCUAUCACCGCUGGUUCCCAUAUAUCUAUCUAUGUAUCACAGCUUGUUCAUAUCUAUCUAUCACAAUGCGGAGAGUCGUCCGUGUUUAAUUAAUGCCACCUCUUCCUAUUUUUAA